AUGAUGGAUUUUUCUCCACAAACUCGUUUACAUUAUACUCCUUCAAAAAUCUCUGAUUCCGAGAAGAUGGACAAAGAGGUUCAGGCAUUACCCAGAACCUACAGGGUUCAUGACUCCCAACAGAUGGUGUGGGUCCUGACUGGAAAUUCUUUAACAGCAGUUCCUGCUAGCAACAAUGUCAAGCCUGUCAUUCUUAGCUUGAUAGCAUGUAGAGACACAGAAUUCCAAGAUGAAGAGAAAGGUAAUCUAGUUUUCCUGGGAAUCAAGAGCAGAAGUCUCUGCCUCUUCUGUGCUGAGAUUGAGGGCAAACCAACUUUGCAGCUUAAGGAUGUAGAUAUCAUGAAUUUGUACAAUGAGGGAAAAGCGCAGAAAGCCUUUCUCUUCUACCAUGGCAUAGAGGGCUCCACUUCUGUCUUUCAGUCAGUCUUCUAUCCUGGCUGGUUUAUAGCCACCUCUUCCACAGCAAGACAGACAGUCAUCCUCACACAGCAGAGGGGUGAAGAUCAUAACACUAACUUCUACUUAGAGUCUGAGAAUUAA